UGCUGGUCUCUGUAGACACACCUGACUCCUCGUAGAAGGUCAAUGCUGCAGUGUCUCUUGUGGUCUGUAACAUUUGGCCAGGAUGCUUCCCCAGGGAAGAUUGCUGCUGGCUCGAGUGUCUGGCUAUUGGAAGCCUCUCUUUACGGGUCGAUUUUUGUUGGUCACCAACACGGUUAGCUGUGGAGCCCUGCUGGGCAUUGGUGACAUCAUCCAGCAGACAAGAGAAAAGCGAAGAAACCCAGAAAAACAAAGAGACUGGUUACGAACAGGUAGUAUGUUUGCCAUAGGCUGCUCAAUGGGUCCAAUGAUGCAUUUCUGGUACUCAUGGCUGGAUAGGACCCUUCCUGGUCGGGGGAUUAAAGUUGUAUUGCAAAAGGUGUUAACUGACCAGCUGGUGGCUUCCCCUUUUCUUGGCUUCUGGUACUUUUUAGGUAUGGGUUCCAUGGAGGGGCAAAGCUUGGAUGACAGUUGGAUAGAAUUUAAAGGCAAAUUUUGGGAGUUCUAUAAAGCGGAUUGGACUGUGUGGCCUGCUGCACAGAUGAUCAAUUUCUACUUCUUGCCUCCAAAGUUUCGGGUCAUUUAUAUCAAUGUGAUCACAGUAGGAUGGGACACAUACCUUUCUUACCUUAAACACAGGCCUGAAGAAUCUGCUAAAGAACCAAAUAGACACGUUCCAGAUGAAAGUGUGCCUCUCACCACGAUGUCCACUCACUUGCCAAAAGCAUUAGAUAAAAAUGUCUAAGUGAAAGCUGCUAGCUGUCUAUAAAAUGUGCCUU